AUGUACCUGACCGUGGUGCUGGAGAACCUGCUCAUCAUUCUGCUCAUCAGGCUGGACUCUCGCCUCCACAUCCCCAUGUACUUCUUCCUCAGCCACUUGGCCUUCUCUGAUGUCUUCCUGCCAUCUGUCACCAUCCCUAAGAUGCUGAUGGACAUGCACGCUAAGUACAAAUCAAUCCCCUAUGCAGCGUGUUUUUCACAGAUGCCUAAGAAGAAAGGAGUCCAGGGCAUCAUGGGCAUCAGCGACACCAUCUCCUGUGACUCCAGUCCCUCCAGCUUCUGGAAACACAGCCUCCCCAAAUCACUGGUCAAGGAAUAUGAAAGUGCUGAGGCCCCACAUAUUUCUUCUAUUUGUCUGGAUAUUGGGUCCCCUGAAAAGAAGGGACCCCUGAUUCAUGCUUAUGAUCUUCUUAAAUACAUGCAUCACAGCUCAGUGGAUGAGAGCUCAACAUUAGGAGUGAGAUUGUUGUCUCUGCUGCUGGAGAAGCAGAAGAACCUUCUUCUCACCAAUGAACAGAGGUCCAAGAGGGCUCAAACCUCUGCUCAGCAGUGUACCAACCUGUGCUCCUAUGCUGAAACUAUCAUCCUCCACUUCGCCUGUGACCUCACUGCACUCCUGAAGAGGAGCUGCUCAGACAUCUCCCUCAAUGAGCUGGUUGUCGUCACCAAAGGAGGAAUGCUUUUCAUCUUGCCUUUGAGUAGUGUCUUGGGCCCUUGUAUCCUUAUAGUGACUACCAUCUUGAGGGUCCCCUCUACCAAGAGAUUCUUCAAAGCCUUUUCUACCUGUGGCUCCCAUCUCUUUGUGGUGUUUUUAUACUAUGGGACCAUUGCAGGUGUUUCCUUUUUUUCCUCCUCAUCCAUCUCCAAUAAUAAAGACAUAAUUGCUUCUGUGAUGUACAUGGUAGUUGCCCCCAUUGUCUAUCCCUUCAUCUAUGGCCUGAAGAACAGAUAUGAAAUAUGA